CCAAGGUGACUGUAACGCUAUCGUCAGACACUCAACUGCCAACUUACGUCCAGGGCUCAGUCGACUGGGGCAACGCCGGGGGACCGGAGACGCCCCUGGAUUUCACGAACGGCACCGCCCCCUCAGCGGCAGGUUCAGUCAGCCUCGACCUCUUCCACAACUACACGGAACCUGGAGAAGUGACUGUGACGCUACGUCUUCGAAAUCCCGUGUCUCUUUUCAACAUGUCGGACAAGCUUAAUGUUCUUGCCUCCCUCGCCCUCGGGGGAAUCGACGUCCAGUACGAGAACCCAAGCGACAGCCCUCGAUGGGACACCCCCGUCUUCAAGGCCCACGUACCGCUGAACCUGACGGCGAUGGUCCAGACCGGUCAGGUGGAGGAAUAUAUACUCCAGAUCGGAAACAAGACGAUGACCAGUCAGAAACCGUCAUUUGUUUACACUUUCCUGUCUGCUGGAGAUUACACCGUCACAAUGCGAGCCUCUGGAAGCGCAGGAGAUUCAAACGUUCAGUCAGCACUUGUCCGAAUCGCUCAACCACUGACGGCGGAUAACGCCAUCAUAGAGCCUCCAGAAUACGUUGUCUUUCCUCCAGGACGACUGAACGUCACCCUGACCUUGACAGCGUUCAUGAGGGAAGUCGCUACCAACGUGACGGGCUGGAUGACCUGGGGAGACUCCCCGGAGAUGGUGGAAACCGACCUCGCAGAGGACACGGGUCCGGGCGUUCCUGGACCCGUGACCCUCGUUCUGGAACACCAGUAUUCGAGUACUGGACAAUUUGCCAUAACGUGGUUCUUGAGGAAUCCGGUAUCGGAGAUGAAUGUCACUGAGAUUGUAACCAUCCAGCGCCAGAUCGAACUUGGGCCUCUGCUGGUGCGGCCCUUGGAGGAGGAGGGGGAGGAGGUGCCCUCCGCGACGGAAGGCUUCUACCUGCCGGGGCAGAGGGUCAAUGUGACCCCGACAUCAGUGGUCGGACAGGCCGACCGAUUCGUCCUGUCCGUCCCAGGGAUGGAAGACAUCGUCCAGGAUCGCGAGGAAUUCAUCAUCUCUUUCGUUGCUGAAAGUGAUUACGAGGUCACCAUGACAGCGGAAGGUUCAUCCGGGGUUUCGGAGCCAGUCUCGGCCUUCGUACGCGUCCGGCGAAAAGUCUCGGGUCUCAAGGUGGAGGUGUCUCACACCCCAACGCGCGUGAUGCUGGAAGUGACAUUCCAGAUCGAAGACCCUCUUCUGCUGGGCGGCUGCGUCUCUCUGGACCUAGGAGAGAGAGACGGGCGCCUUUUGGGAUGGCGCCAGGCCUCGGGCUGCGAGGGACAGGAAGCUGGAACCGAAGAGUGGAGCCAAGCGCCUCCGACGGGGAGAAUCACUCUCGUUCACAGGUACUCGUCGCCCGGCGUAUACGCGCCCAAGGCCCGUUUAUUCUCCUUCAUGGGCGAGGAGACCCAGGCGUUCCAGAUCACGGUGUACGAGAGCCUUCCCUGCUCAGAGCUGAGGGUCUGGAUUCCUCGGAAUGGAACGCUGGACAGUCCUGUCAAUAUGACUAGAGCUGAUAAAUUACGCAUUAGGAGUUCGUCUUCGGUCAACUGCUCAGCCAGCGAUUUGUCGAUGGAGAUCGGGUGGAAGAUCAUCCGGAUCAACGACAGCCUGGAGGUGGACCUCGGAGAGACGGACAUAGGCAAGGGCGUCCUCUUCCUGCAGAGGAGAACCCUUCACUACGGGCUCUACAGGGCAGUUGUCAGCUACAACAUCUCCAUGACAAACCCGUCAUCUGGCAUUCCCGUUUGGGAAUACUUGGAGUCGGAAUCGGUGGUGAACGUGAGCAAGAGCGACUUGAUGGUGGUCAUCGUGGGGGGCGGUGCCCCUAAGAUACGCAGAGGCAACCUUCAGACGCUCCUUCUACGUCCUAUGCAGUAUUCCUACGACCCCGACUACCCUGAGACUCCGCUCGAAUCGUACGUCUGGUCAUGCCGUUUGGUUGGCGAAACGUUGCCAGAUCGUGGCGUGACCUCUGACCCUCCAUUGACCCGAGAGCCCUAUGAGAAUAGCAUUGACCACGGAGGAUGUUGGGGGGAAGGCCCCGCUUGGCUGACCAUGAGAAGCAGCUUGUCUAUAGACGUUGACCUCUUCAGAAGUUUAUACAAGGUUUACAAGAUGGCAGUUAUCGCUUCGAGUAAAGACGGUCGCUCGGCCUCCUCGUCAGUGGAGAUCGAAGUGGUUGAGGGCAACCCCCCGCCUUUGGUGUCCUAUUGCAACCCUCCCUGGUUCUGUGUCCAAGUCAAAGGAGCCCAGCUGGUCAACCCAACCAAGCUCAUUCUGGAGAGUGACGAAGAAAUGGAGGAGGGGAAAGAUGUCGCAGGGGAAACAGUCGCCCCUCUGAAUUUUACCUGGUCUGUUUUUGGAGUGAUCAACAGUGAGUCUUCAGAGCCGAUAAGCAUAGAGGGCGUUGCAGUGGGCAUGAACAAUCGCAAACUAGCUCUGCUCGAUGCUUUUUGGGAGACCUACGGCUCCACUUACAAACUGUUCGACGUCGAAGUGACAGCGAACAGGGUUGGAGAAGAUGCCAAAGGUCUUGCAGUCCAGCGCAUCCAGAUUAACGAAGCCCCUACCGGAGGCAGCUGCGUAGCCCUGUUGCCCGAAGAAGUCGGCGAAGAGGGAGCGAGCGCACUCCUGCAGUCGGAGACGAGGGACAACGCAGAGAUUCCCACCCUCGAAGUCAUCUCCUUGGUCGAGUCCGUCCUUUGUAACUGCACCGGAUGGGUAGAUCCCGAGGGGUUUGAAAUACCCAAAUAUUCCUUUUAUGGAGUGUCGAGCGCAGGAGAGAAGAUGGUCUUCUCCUUUGGGACGGAGCCCAAAGGCACCAUCGUCCUCCCCUACACGAACAUGACCCUGUGGGCAGGCGUGGCAGACAUCCUUGGGGCUGAGACGUCCUAUCUCAUGGCCCAUAUCGUUCCCAUACUUCCUACUAAAGAGACUUUUGAAGAAUAUAUGGGAAGGAACGAACUCGUGAAGGCAGCGGGCGCGAGAGACCAGACGAGGGUCGAUAUGUUGCUGAAAGCUGAGAAUUCCUUGAAGGGCAUCGGCCUCCAGUCGGAGGCUGAUGUAGAUGGAGAGGGAGCAAUGGAGGAUGGGGAAGACGACGACAAAGCGAAGGAGAAGAAUGAGAAGAUGCUGGGCUCCCUGGACUCUUUCACCACGACGUCCAUGGAGGAGGUCAUCCAAGUUAACAGCAUCCUGAACUCCGUAGCUGAUCCCCUCCCGAAGGAGAAACAGGAAGGAGCCGUGGACACUCUUGUCAAGCUCUCUAGGGCAAAGGACCGAGAAGCUCCUCUCUCCCUGCAGAAGGACUUCAUGGCUGGAGCUCUGUCGACAACGGCUAACCUGCUAAAUGGUGUCAACAAAGAGGUGAACUCCUCCAAGGCUAUGAACAGCACGAACGUGGCGCAAGAAACGGUCAAGAGGUUAAGAAGGAGUGUCGCAAGAGCAAGCAACUUCUCCCUUGAUUAUGACGAUGCAGAAGAAGAAGACCAGCCAGUUGAGCCUUAUGAGCCAACCGAAGAUGAAAUUAAUGCCAAUGAAAAGGUCGGGAAAAUGCUAGAUGUCGUUGGGAACUCCCAGUCAGCUUUACUGGAGGCUGCCGUGAGUGGAGAAGAGCCCACGAAGAUAGAAGCCGGCGAUAAAGUGAACGUUGCCGUGGCCUUCUUCGACGCUUCCGAGUUGAGGGAUAAGCAGGUUGAGAUUGGAGGCGCGACCUACGUGUUCCCAAGUUACUGUGCCAUCCUGCGGGAAGACGAAGACUGCCUGGUGAACAAGUCCAUCUCCAUCGGGGUCAAAAUGACCAAAUGGAAGGGUCAAGUCCAUGGUUAUGGCGGAGGUCGCGAUCAACUGAGUGACGAUUCAUCAACCCUCCAGCUCUCCUUGGUCGACAUCAAUCUCAACCCAAUACCUGUCAGAGACACACUGGAAGAUUUCGUCAUGUAUAUUCCAAGAGCCGAGGAGACUGUCAGUGAGCCGGAGCUUAUAGACCCCAACGUAUCAGGACUCGGUCUGAGCGUCCACAACAUCUACGUGCCUGCGCCACGUGUUGGAGUGACCGUCCUCGUGAGGCCAGAGAACGACUCGGACAUCGAGGACUGGAUCAUAACGUGGUCGUCAUCCAAGUUGAACGGGACGCCCGAGUAUAUGGAGAAUGUGAUGUACGUCACAGCUCUUCCUUAUCAUAAUGAUACAGGAUUCUACGAGUUAUUCCUAGACUCCGACGUCAUCGGGAAUGAGACGGGAAUGUAUUCCGUCGGAUUCGGUCGCUACAACUACACUGUUCCUGAGAUCCUGGAGCAUCCCUGCUUCGAGGAUCCGCCCAAUAACACGCUCCUCGUCAGCUUCGACACCCAAUUCGACACCAACUACUCCCUGAGCACCUUCGUCUCGUCCUGCCUCUUCUUUGACAAUGAACUCCUCACCUGGAGCAGUGAUGGGUGCAAGGUGAUCGGAGCCAACGCGACCGUGACCAUCUGCUCCUGCAACCACCUGACCUCCUUCGGGUCAGGAUUCUUCGUGACCCCCAACACCAUCGACUUCGCCUACGUCUUCGCCAACGCGGGAUUCGCGGACAACCUCACCAUCUACCUGGUCCUGAUCAUCUCACUGGCCCUCUACUUCAUCGGCCUCGUCUAUGCCAGGAUCAUGGACAAGAAGGACGUGGAGAAAGUAGGGGCAACGCCCCUGCCUGAUAAUGACCCCGAAGACAGGUACCUCUAUGACGUCAUGGUCCACACUGGGCACUUCCCUGGGUCGGGCACUAAGUCUAAGGUCCAGUUCUUACUGGUGGGCGACUGGAAUGAAACAGAUGUGCGGACUCUGAAUGAGGACACCAAGCGCCCUCUGCUCACCCGCGGAGCUUCCGACCACUUUGUUCUUGCUAAUGAUAGGCCCCUAGGCCCACUACAGUACCUCCGGAUCUGGCACGACAACAGUGGCAAGGGCAAGACGGCCUCCUGGUACUUCUCCUACAUGGUCGUUAGGGACGUGCAGAGUGGUGAGGAGUUCCAGUUCAUCUGCAAUAGUUGGUUAGCUGUAGAAGAAGGGGAUGGACUAAUCGACCGACUGAUCCCUGUGGCUGGAGACGAACAGAAGCGUGACAGAGCCCACGUUUUCGGCAAGACUGUCGAGAAGAACCUCUCUGACGACCACUUGUGGUUCAGCGUCUUCUUAAGACCGGCUCGGUCGCGGUUCACGCGGGUGCAGAGGCUCUCGGCCUGCAUGGCACUCCUCUAUCUCUCCAUGUUGGUGAACGCCAUGUUCUACGAGAGGGUCCCAGACACGCCAGGGGCGGGAGGCCUGAACCUGGGAUUCUUCAGCGUCUCCCCCGAGGCGAUGGGCGUCGGCUUCAUCAGCAACCUGAUCGUCUUCCCGCCCUCCUUCCUCAUCGUGUUCUUCUUCAGGAAGGCCAGGCCCCGUAGCCCUAAGAAAUCGCGUCUCAGAGAGGCCCUGGUUAAGCAGACUUUCCACAGUGGAGAAGAAGUUGAUGACGCAAAUGCAAAGCCGCCAAAGAAGGGAUUCUUCCACUCCCUGUCCGCCAUUCGAUCUGCCUGCUCUAUCUCGAAGCCAAAAGACCCCGAAGGGCAAAGAAAGAGCCCUGCGGACGCUAAGCCAACAACCUUGGAGGCUAAGCAAAAGCACCCUUGGAGCACCAAGCUAGUAUCAUCAGAUCCACAAAAGGACAACAGUUCUGGCAGCCGGGUGGGGAAGUGUUCUAGCGCUACCAGCCAGUCUUCCCGUCAACAACUGAUAACACCAGCAAAUUCCUCCAGCUGUAAAGAAGAAAAUGGGCAGGAGAGAUCUCUAAGUAGGAGAAAGAGGAAGUUGACCCUUCCGUGGUGGUGCGUCAUCAUAGCGUGGGUCCUCUGCGCCAUCAGCAUAAUGGUGGCUGUGUUCUUCCUCUGGGCCUACGGCAUCCAAUUCGGCAACGAGAAAGCGACCAAGUGGCUGACUGCUCUCAUCUCCUCCAUCUUCUCUUCUGUGCUCUUUACUCAGCCAAUUAAGAUCUACCUGACUGCGAUGCUGCUCUCCUACAUCUGCAAGAAGCCUCUGAACGAACACGAGGAUUACGACGACGAUGAGGAGGAAUUCGACGCCGAGAGUGAUGAGACCCUCCUUCAUGGACCUUCCACUGGACAUAGCUACCGCCGAAGGAGGUCGCAGAUCCAGCUAGGUCCCGGCAUGAGUGCGGAGGAGCUGGAGGCCGCCAGGUCCCGGCGGGAGAAGGAGGUGGCGAUGCAGGCCCUCAUCUUCGAGAUCGGGGUCUACUCCAUCUUCCUGACCAUCAUCCUGUCAGUUGGCUAUGGCUCCAGGGACCCCAAUAUCUUCUUCAUGAGGCAGAACGUCGUCAACACCUUCGUCGAGAGCCAGGUCGGCGGCGAGAGCGAGUGUCCCCCGUUCUCGGAGGCGGCAGUAGAAUCGGACUUGUGGUGCUGGGCGAGAGAGAUUCUGAUACCAAACCUCAUGGACCCCUACCUGUACAACGGGGAGCACCGCCCGCAGACCAUGUGUGGUACUCUAAUCGAUCGCGUCAGCUUCCUUCUGGGACACCCAAUCUUCAGGCAGAUCAGGAAAGUGCCAGGCCCAUCCCACCAACGUCCUGUCAAUCGCCCGCGCUCUGAAGACAACAGAGACUUUGGGCUCGGCUGGAACGUGACAGGAAAAGGACCUCCCCAUUACAUCUACAGAUCUUCUCUCCAGCUUCAUGGCUUUCCGUAUGACGGCAUUCUGGAUAAAUACAGCGGAGGUGGGUAUUUGCUGGAACUCAGGGGACCUCACUACAAGGCUCAUCAGACGCUCAACAGACUGGAAAACGAAGGCUGGAUAGACGAGCAGACGAAGGCAAUUUUCGUGGAGUUUGCUUUCUACAAUCCUCAGGUCAACCUCUUCGGCGUCGUGAUGUUCAUCUUCGAAUUUUUCGAAGGCGGAGGGUUCUUGGCCAAGUUCAAAUUCCAGGGGCUGUCGCUGCUGAGGUACCACAGACCCGGAGGUUCUUACAUCCUUCUAUCCGAGAUCGCUUACCUCAUCUUCAACCCCUUCUCUACACCCGCCAGGGAAUAUAAGAGCCUCAAGAAACUGAAAAGGGCGUACUUUAAUUCAGUCUGGAACAUCCUGGAAAUCGCCAUCUUGAUUCUCUCGUACACAGCCAUCGUGUUUUACCUGCUGAAGACUUCGCUGACCUAAUACACGAUUCGACAAGUUAACACGACGAAGGGCAAGAAGUACAUCAGGAUGCAGCCCCUGGCAUUCCUGGACGAGGUCGUGGAUUACGUCAUAUCCUUCCAGGUGUUCAUAGGCACCCUGAAACUCCUGAAACUCCUGCGGUUCACAACGCAUCGGAUGCUCUCGGCCACCUUGAAGCACGCCGCAGGGGACAUCCUGGGCUUCAGCCUCCUGUUCGUCGUGAUGCUCUUCAGCUUCUCGAGCGUCUUCUAUCUCAUCUCCAUGACGUCGGUGGAGGAGUUCUCGACCUUCUCCAGGGCCGUCGAGUCUUGCUUCUUCGAGAUCAACAAGAAGUUCGUGGACGUCCGAGAGUCGUCCCGCAUCCUGGGGCCCCAUCUUCUAAUGCGGUCUAUCGCCUUCCUUGCUACUACUGGCGUCGUCUUCCAGCUCCAUGAUUCGCCAUCAUCUGCAACGCCUUCGCCGAGGGUGGUGAGCAGCGACUUGAGCGCUCAGCCCAACGACUACGAAGUCGUCGAGUACAUCAUGUCUCGCGUCUCCGCCUACAUCUCGGCCUUCCACCCGAAUUCGGUGAGGGAGGUCAACAUACAAGCGCCCAGGGGGCCCGACAUCGACUCGCAGUUGCGGCAUCUCAACCACUCGCUGGACAAAGCACUGGAUGCCCUGGACAGAGUCACGGGGGGGCAGCAGCAGGCCCCUUCAGCAGAGAAAGAAAAGCAAGGUCGUGAGUAGUGGACAGAAAAGUUGAUUACCAUGACGAGGUCAAUAAUCUAACUGCAAUUGAUUUAUUGUCGAAUAAACCUAUAUGAAAAUAACGUCAAUGUACAUUACCUGGCGCGUUGAUAAUUAAUCGAGUUCAUGAGCAGAUGUCGUUGGGAAUGGCACCACUACACUGUAGGGAAACCCUACACCGGAACCCUGCACUGCCUGUCAUGUCUCCCCUACACUCCUGAUCCCCUACCUUCCCCGACCCCACCUAGGGUGGACAAACAGGUUUGCAGGGGCGGACAAACUGAUUUGCAGGUCAGACAACCAGGAUUGCAAGGUCAGACAAACAUGUUUGCAGUGGCAGAAAAAAGGUUUACAUGAGGAGGGUGAUGUAUCAUGUCUCCUCUACUUUCCCGAUCGCGACCAGAACACGGAAUUCUAUUCGUUCUUCUGUGUUCCGUGAAAGCUCACCAGACUUUUCAAAUCCUCUUUCUUAAUCUGUAUUCGAC